ACUGUAAGGUCCUGUUUCAAUCACUGGCGUCAGACGGACGCACGACACCGACUCAAACCGCUUCACCUUCUCCCGAACAACGUAAAUAUUGAUUUGAAAAGCGAAGCGAACAAGUCGUGGGAGUUUUUCCUGUGAAAGCGCUUCGCUGGACCUUUCAGAAUAUCGCUCUUCGUGUCACUUUGAGGGUCCGACGGGAUUUUUCUCCCCCUUUUUUUCCCUUUCCUCGCAUUCACCGCGACUGGGAGAUAAAAACUUUUUUCUUCUCUUAUUUUUAGGCGCUUCGUUGGAAAAAACAAACCAGCCUGUGACCUUCACGUCUUUACAUCGAUGCCAGUUUUUUAUUUUAUUAUUUUACAGGAGACGACAUUUUUCGACACACUUUCUGGACUUUUCUCUCGCUUUGACUUUUUCCUCUUUUCUUUGAACGCGUUGCAAAUAUGAUGAUGUCACCGACGCCACUUUUUCCUGAAGUUAUGGCGGAGCACAACUUUUUUAACUUCUCUUGACCAUUGCGAGCACUUGGCUUUUCUAAUGGAGCACCUUCAGGGAGCGUGGAAGACCCUGAGUAACGGCUUCGGAAUGAAGGACUCUGCGUUUGAGAGCCCCUGCCUUUCCCCAACCAUGGUCCAGGGCUUUCCCUGCCAGCGUCGCUCCUCCGAUGACAGCAAGAUGCCCGACUCCAAGGCUAGCAGCACUAUCCGCGUCUACCUCCCAAACCAGCAACGCACUGUGGUAAACGUGCGACCAGGUAUGACUCUACAGAACUGCCUGUUUAAAGCAUUGAAGGUGCGAGGUCUGCAGCCUCAGUGCUGUGCUGUCUUCAGGCUUCAUCCAGGACAGAGGAGUAAAAAAUUACGGAUGGAUUGGAAUACUGACUCGACCUCACUGAUCGGGGAAGAGCUGCAGGUGGAGGUUUUAGAUCACGUUCCUUUGACGACACAUAAUUUUGUUCGGAAAACAUAUCUGAAACUAGCGUUCUGUGAUAUUUGCCAGAAGUUUCUUUUGAAUGGUUUCCGUUGCCAAACGUGUGGCUACAAAUUCCAUGAGCAUUGUAGCACCAAAGUGCCCACGAUGUGUGUGGACUGGAACAAUAUCAGACAACUCCUGUUGUGUCCAACACCCGGUGAGAGUGGUGCCCCGUCCCUGCCACCGCUGACGUCCCGGCGUAUGAGAGAAUCCUUAACGCGGUUUCCAAGCUCAGCCCACCGAUAUUCCACCCCUCAUGCCUUCAACUACACCACACCCUACCCACCCACAGGCGGCGGUCUCUCCCAGAGGCAGCGCUCCACUUCCACACCCAACGUCCACAUGGUUAGCACCACCCUGCAUGUAGACAGCAGCAUGAUCGAGCUAGACUGCCUGAAUACCUCCCCCAGCUCCUGGUGCCAUAGAUUCUGGCUGAAGAGGAAAGUAGGUAUUGUGCACUUCUCCCAGUCUUUUGUUGAGGCCUCACCUGAGAUUCCAGAAAAGGAUGCAAUGCGUGAUCAUGACUCCGCGGGUAGUUCCCCCAACCAGAGCCCUACUGGCUGGUCCCAGUCCCAAUCCAAAGUCCCUGCACCUGCCCAGCGAGAGAGGGCCCCAUCCUUCAACACUCAGGAGAAAAAUAAAAUUAGGCCUCGGGACAAGCGGGACUCUAGUUACUACUGGGAGAUCGAGGCCAGUGAGGUUUAUCUGCACUCCCGCAUUGGCUCAGGCUCCUUUGGAACUGUAUACAAAGGAAAAUGGCAUGGUGAUGUAGCAGUGAAGAUUUUAAAGGUUACUGACCCUACACCGGAGCAGUUCCAAGCAUUCAGGAAUGAAGUGGCCGUCCUGAGGAAAACACGACAUGUCAACAUCCUGUUGUUUAUGGGCUACAUGACGAAGGACAACCUGGCCAUUGUGACCCAGUGGUGUGAGGGUAGCAGCCUCUACAAACACAUUCAUGUCCUGGAGACAAACUUCAAGAUGAUCCAGCUCAUAGACAUUGCUAGGCAGACAGCUCAGGGCAUGGACUAUCUGCAUGCAAAGAACAUCAUUCAUCGUGACAUGAAGUCCAACAACAUUUUCUUGCAUGAAGGGCUAACGGUGAAAAUUGGAGACUUUGGUCUGGCUACGGUGAAGGCCAGGUGGAGCGGCUCACAUCAGGUGGAGCAACCAUCUGGAUCCAUUCUUUGGAUGGCUCCUGAGGUUAUCCGGAUGCAGGAUAACAACCCCUACAGCUUCCAGUCUGAUGUCUAUUCCUAUGGAAUUGUUCUCUUUGAGCUCAUGACGGGAGAGCUCCCUUACUCCCAGAUAGCCAACAGAGAUCAGAUUAUUUUCAUGGUGGGAAGAGGCUAUCUGUCCCCAGACCUCAGUAAGCUCUACAAGAACUGCCCUAAAGCCAUGAAAAGAUUGGUGGCUGACUGCAUCAAGAAGUCCAAGGACGAGAGGCCGCUCUUUCCACAGAUCUUGUCGUCCAUUGAGCUUCUCCAGCAUGCCCUCCCUAAGAUAAACCGCAGUGCCUCAGAACCGUCCCUGCACAGAGCCUCUCACACAGAGGACAUCAAUGCCUGUACUCUGACCUCCACCAGACUGCCUGUUUUUUAGAGGCUCAGACAGUUCUGUCCCUCCUCCUCUUCGUACACUUACCCUCCUCAAAAUGUACAACUUAGCCCAAACGUUCAGUAUGCCCAAAUUCUCUUCGUAAAGAUGCUACUAUAGACCAACAGAUGUACAUGCAAUCAUACAUAAACCCAUGUUAAUCAAUACAAUAUGCAAGUAAAUGAGGAGAGAGGGGGAAGUGCACAGAGAAGUGUGUCUGAGAUUAACUUUGGAAGCGACUGAGUGAUGAUGGAUUGUAGUCGGAUGUACAUAUGAAGCGGUUAGCAUAAGAUACAUCAAGGGGAUACCUUGCUUCAUGUCGGCAUUGUAUUUGGUAUAAGUUGUAAAUAUAUGCACGCACACCUACCUAAGACAACGAUGAAUGGACAUUGAAGGAAGCUCAAGAGAAAAACAGAUGCGUCUCUUGAUUUGGGUUCUGUGAUGUGAAGCACGCCCUUCUGUGAGGCCGCCCUGCGUUCUGAGGAAGAGGACUUUUUACGCUUACCUGCCUUAAGAGGAAACAAAGCCUGGACUAAGAUCCUGCACAACUUCACCUCCUCUUAUCACAAAGCCGUUGGAUGUAGUCCAUUUAGUUGCACAGUAGUAGUUGAUUUUUGCAUUGUCUUAAAUGGGGUAGACAUGGGAGAUAUUUUUUGUCUUUUUGUUGUUGUUGUUGUUGACUUCUUUUGUCUUUAUUUUUGGGCCAUUUUGGAUGAAUUAUAGCCUGUCAGACAGUGAGCAUGAGUGAUGAUGGAAAUCUGCACAUUUUUGAGUAAAAGCAACGGUUAUGUUUCAACAGUGUACUCGGUGGUUUCACAGCUCUGAGCGAACCGAUCUGUAGAUCCCCACACAUCCUUACCAGUCCUCACCAUCGGUAGAUUAUCAUGAGCUGGACAUUCGGCAGUCGUCUUAAAUAUUUAAAAUGAUUGGGAAACUAAUUUGUAUUUGUUUAUCAUGUCACUUUCAGGAGGUUAAACGUUUUAUUGUGAACUUGGUGAGAAAGUUGUCUAUUCAAUAUUUUAAUAAAAUUAAGUUAAAUUUCUUUGCCAAAUCAAAA